AUGGAUCAUAUAUAUGAUAGGCGGACUGGUAAGCCGAAAGCUGAUGUCCUGAAAGAACAUUUUGUCAAAGAAGGUCGAAUUCAAGAAGAUGUAGCGUUGAAAAUUAUAAACGAAUGUACAGCGUUAUUUCGACAAGAAAAAACAAUGCUCGAUGUAGAGGCCCCGGUGACAGUUUGUGGUGAUAUUCAUGGACAGUUCUACGACUUGAUGAAACUUUUUGAGGUUGGUGGUACACCAGCGACAACAAAAUAUCUAUUUUUGGGUGAUUAUGUUGAUCGGGGCAAGAUAAAAUAUUCGGAAAAGGUUUAUGACGCAUGUAUGGAAUCGUUUGAUGCAUUGCCAUUAGCUGCUCUAAUGAAUCAACAGUUCUUGUGUGUUCAUGGAGGCCUCUCGCCCGAAAUUCAUACGUUGGAUGACAUUAAAAAGUUAGAUCGAUUCAAAGAACCGCCUGCAUUCGGUCCAAUGUGUGACCUACUUUGGUCAGAUCCAUUGGAAGAUUUUGGCAACGAACGAAAUUCGGAGCAAUUUUCACAUAAUUCUGUUCGUGGAUGCUCAUAUUUUUACAGCUAUGCAGCGUGUUGUGAUUUUCUUCAGCACAACAAUCUCCUGUCAAUAAUUCGUGCUCACGAGGCGCAAGAUGCAGGUUAUCGUAUGUACCGCAAAUCUCAAGCCACUGGAUUCCCAUCACUGAUUACCAUAUUCAGCGCACCGAAUUAUCUUGAUGUAUAUAACAACAAAGCGGCAAUUUUGAAAUACGAAAAUAACGUGAUGAAUAUUCGACAGUUCAAUUGUUCACCUCAUCCAUAUUGGUUGCCAAAUUUUAUGGAUGUUUUCACAUGGUCAUUACCGUUUGUUGGUGAGAAAGACGACGAAUUAAUGGCCGAUUCGGACGAUACAUUUGAAGGUAUAGUUUAUUUUUGA